GAGAACCAUUUGAGUAAAGAGGUGGGAUCAUGUCAGGCGGAUCUCGCGAGUUCUCGCGAGAUUCUGUGAACCUGACGGCGAGAGUGACACGAUUGCGGCUAAAAGAGGAAGCUAACUAGUUAGUUCAGACUUCAAAAGAAUCCCAUUUAAACAUGUCGGGGCGCUCGGUUCGCGCGGAGACUAGAAGCCGGGCUAAAGAUGACAUUAAGAAGGUGAUGGCGGCGAUUGAACGAGUCCGGAGAUGGGAGAAAAAGUGGGUGACUGUUGGAGACACGUCUCUGAAGAUAUUCAAAUGGGUUCCUGUAGUGGACACUAAAGAGAAGGAGAAGAGUAAAGCUCCACCUGCUGCUGAGGUUCAGAUCAACACUUUCUCUUCAGAGGAAACGACUGAAAACUCCUGCACAGCUCUCCUGGAUUACCAAGAUGAGAACAGCAGUCACAGCUCUCUCUCAGACUCGUUCCAGAGUAAAGUGAUCCCCGCUGACAGCAGCACGAACUCCAGUCCUCAGCGCAGUGAACCUGUCAGCCCUGUCCCUCACACACACUCACACACACUCACACACACUCACGAGUAUCGCCCUGACGAGCCACUGCCACCAACACUCGGCCAGGAGUGUAUGGAGGAGGCAUCGCUGCAGCGUGAGAUGGCUGAUGAACCACCGACACUGGUUAAAGAAGAUAUUUUACCCGUUACAGCUCAGGUAAAUACAUGUAUAUUAAAUAAAUAUGAAAAUAUAAAAUAUUUAUUUAUUUGUUUUGUUUGUUUGUUUGUUUUUACACAGGAUGAGGAAAAUUCUGGCGCUCCACCUCUUAAAAGAGUGUGUACUGAGCACACGUCUGUUAUCCAGUCUACUCUGACCAGUUAACACACACACACACACACACACACACACGCACAGUAUAAUCAAUGUGCUGAUGAGACAUUCCUGUACUGAGAGGAAAGUAAGGCGUUUCAUGAUCAGCAGCAGUAACUGAAUUUAUUACCUUUAUAGCAGGUGUGAAGGCUCAGGUGUUCCACUGCUGCAAGACAUUCUGGGUGAACCAGUGCUAGGCAGUGAGCGAGGCAGGACUGAGUACACUGAGGGGACUUUACACGCACUCUGGGGAGUGAAUCAGAUGCUGUAACUUUCUGCUUUAGUUGAGUUCACUGGCAUUUAUUAGUGUAUGAUAAAGUGUUUAGAAAAUAUCUUUUACACUUUACACCAUUUUACAGGUUGCACUGACUGCGACUAUGUGACUAUUUCACCAUCACAGGAAAGAAAAGUGAACAUGUUCAUCAAUAAAAUACACCGAUCAGUCAUAAAAUUAAAAACACUGACAGGUAAAGAAGUGAAUAACACUGAUUAUCUCAUUACAAUGGCACCUGUCAAGUAUUAGACAGCAAGAGAACAGUCGGUUCUUGAAGUUGGUGUGUUGGAAGCAGGAAAAAUGGGGAGGUGGGUUUCACAAUCUGCUAAAAAAGUUAAAUCAGACACCUUUCUCUUUUAGCCAUCAUUAACUUUUUCAGCAGUUUGCUCUGAAACAGUAGCUCUUCUGUGGGAUUAGACCAUAUGGGCUAGCCUUUGUGCCCCGUGUGAAUCAAUGAGCCUUCGACACUCAUGACCCUGUCGCCGGUUCACCGGUUGUCCUUUUGAUCCUUGGACUACUUUUGGUAGGUACUAACCACUGCAUACCGGGAGCACCCCACAAGAUGUGCCAUUUUGGAGAUACUCAGACCCAGUCAUCUCACCAUCACAAUCUGGGCCUUGUUAAAGUCGCUCAGAUUGCCCAUUUUUCCUGCUUCCAACACAUCAACUUCGAGAACUGAUUGUUCUCUUGCUGCCUAAUAUAUCCCACCCCUUGGCAGGUGCCACUGUAAUGAGAUAAUCAAUGUUAUUCACUUCACCUGUCAGUGUUUUUAAUUUUAUGGCUGAUCGGUGUACAAUAUGACACAAAACUGAAGCUGGCAUCAGAGACUGAAUCACUCGCUUUUCCAGAACAUUGUCAUGUGAAAUGCGCACACACAGAGUAAAAUUCCCUCACAGCACUUUAUCAGCUUGAUAACUAGCGCAAAAACUCAUCAGACGUAAAUUAAUCAGUAAGAGUGAGUGCUGAAGAUUGUCCUGCAGUUUAUCAACAUUUCCUUCAUCACUGCUACAAAUCACAAAUUUAUUUUAUUUUUCUGAUUCUACAGAUUUCCUGCUAGUUCACUUCUGUAGGUUAUUAGUCUGUUACAGUGAAUUAUGAACACACUUAAAUGAUAUCUAUCUAUAAAUAAUAUACAUACACGCAACAUACUGUACAUAUCCAUGAAUAUAGAUUAUAUUCGAGAGAAUUUUUAUCUUACAGUUCAAAAAGGAGUAAAUAAUAAUAUCAAGAUAAUUUAUUUCUUCCCCAUGCAGUCAUAUUUAAUGAUGGAGUAAUUGUUUUAGUUCAAUUUUGUUUAUUUGAAAAGAAUUUCUGUUGUUGUGUUUUUGAUAUCGGGUAUUUUUAAUGUUUAUGAUUCUUCAUUAUCGUGAUUAUACUGUAUGAAUGAAAGCGGUUUUGAGUUUGAAGUAACAUUUAGCUGAUGACGAUGAUGAUGAUAAUGAUUCCUGUACACUGGUUAAGUGGCACAUUGAUGUUGAAUUUAUAUUAUUAUUUAAAAUGUCAUUAAAAUAUUUGGACCUUC